GUUCUACGCUUGCUGGACCGUAUGGAGAACGCACAAAUCGCGUUUCCCCAUUCCAGUCCCGUGGCCGCACUGGCCGCUGCUGAGGUGACUGACUGAUGGCUGGAUCGUGGAUCGGAACCGUUGUCCAGUACGCCAGUCAUAGAUAAGUAUAUAUAUAUAUGUUCCAGUCGUCAGCUGCUGACUGCUUCUUUUCGAUCGCGUUUCGCAGCGCUAUAAAUUACCCCGUGAGUAGUUACCCUUUGUGGCUGAUAACGGUUAUCAUCUCAGUGUGCGUUGUACAUUAUCAGUUUAUCAUACAUUCUCGGUGGUGGGCCGACGAUCAGACGAGUUCGAUUCGCUAGCGUUUUGCGAGUUUCGAUAUUGACAUUUGACAUAUCGCGCGGCUUUUAUAACUUCAUCUUCAUCGAUAAAACCCUCUUUUUUACAGUAGCCGAUUUCUAUUCGCUAUGCAAAAUUGGUUGGAAUUCCAAGCGGUCGUCAUGGCCGCCGGAAAAGGAUCUCGAAUACCCGAGAUGACUGCUACAAAACCAAAGUGUCUGUUGCCAGUCGGAAACAAACCAAUAAUAUACUAUCCUCUCAAGUUGCUCGAAAACGCUGGGUUCAGAGAUACAAAAAUAAUAGUAGCUGAUAACUAUGCUAGUGAUAUACAAGAAGAAGUAGAUCAACUUGGUUUUGAAAUUAAUUUGAGUUUUGUUCCGAUUCCAUCUGAUGAAGAUUGGGGUACAGCUGAUUCUCUCCGACAUAUUUCUGAUAAUAUCUUAACUGAUGUAAUCGUUCUUAGUUGUGAUUUAAUAACUGAUAUUGAUUUACACCAAGUUUUAAAUAUCUACAGAAAUAAUAAUGCAUCAUUAGUGUCUUUGUAUUUUUCACCAUUACGGGAUGAACAAUGUGUUUUUACUGUACCUGGACCUAAAUCAAAGAAUAAGUUUGAAAAGGAUAUUAUUGGAUAUGAUUCAAAAACAUCUAGACUUUUAUUAAUGGCUUCCGCUUCAGAUUAUGAAGAAACUAUGCCAAUUAGUAGUGCAUUACUAAAUAAGUGUUCAAAUUUGACUCUUUGCUCAAAAUUAUUAGAUUCCCAUAUGUAUAUUAUGAAACGUUGGCUAGUUAACUAUCUCGUUAAAGAUAUUAAUAUUUCAACUCUUAAGGGAGAGCUACUUCCAUUUGUGGUGAAAAAACAAUUAUCAAAAUAUAGUAAAAAUAUUGAACCAAAUGAAAAAUGUAUUGAAGAUGAAGAAGAAAAACCUGAUAUAUUCAACAUAUCAAAAGAAUCUGAUAUUGAAACUAAUAUUCGUUCAAUGUCUUGUUUUGGUAAUAUAUCUAACGUUGAAGAGAUAAUUAAAUGUUAUGCUUGUGUGAUUGAUUCAAAUAUUGGAAUACGUGCAAACACUUUGUAUGAUUAUUGUAGAAUCAAUAAAAUUAUACACAAGUUAAACAUAAAUUUAGGAGAUGAAAAAGAUAAAAUUUCACCUGAAGCUGAAAUUUUAUCAAAUCAAUUUGACAAGGAAACUUGUUUUGUUGGACCUAAUACUAAAAUAAUGGAAAAAACAUCCAUUAAAAAUAGCACUAUUGGUUCAAGGUGUACAAUUAAUUCAAAAACGAGAAUAACUGAUUGUAUUUUAAUGAAUGGUGUUACUAUUGAAGAGAGAUGUGUACUUCACAAUUGUAUAGUAUGUCAUGAUGCUGUAAUCAGUGCUGGCUGUGAACUUAAAGAUUGUUUGAUAAGCGGUAAUUUUAAGGUCCCUUCUGGAGGAAAGCAUUAUAGUGAAGUACUUACUGCUAUGGAGAGACUGAUGGAAAUAUGAAAUAUAUAGAGUGAAUUCUCUUAAUGCUUAUUUUAUGAUAUUGUAUAAUAUACAUGUUUUCCUGUAUAAUAUAAAUAUUUUUUGUAAUCAUAA